GUCUUGUCGUCCUCGUCGUCUUGGAGCUGUGCCAUCGCUAUCAUCACCAUUGACCUGCGAGCCUGCCCCUCCCUCGGCCGAAUCCUCAUUUCUCUUCAAAGAAGGAAUCUUCAUGCCUGCAUCGUGACUACUGUCCACCUUACUGCUUCCCUUCCACCCUUAAUUACCAUCCCACUCUGCUCGCUAUAAACAAACACACAAUCACUCACUCACUCACUGCUCUUCGUCUUCAUCCCCAACCAACAACCAUCCAUACUUGCACUCUGGGCCACUUUCAUUCUUUCACUCAUUCAUUCGCUAUUAUCCAUCCAUUCUCCCAUACACGCCCGGCCCGCCCAUGGAUCUGCUCGAUCCUCGCACCGGUCCCGACUCUGAUACCUUGUCCUAUCCAAACCCCUUUCUCAACUACACCGCUGCCAAGGCUUGGUUCGUCGACAACGGCGGCCGCUUUCAUGAGAAAUGCUUUCUGGAUCGUAGCUCCACCGGCGUCGCUUUGUAUGCCCGGCAAGACAUCCCUCUUGAUCAUCAUGAUGAUGAUGAUGAUGAUGAUGAUGAUGAUGCCACCACUGAGCCAACAUCUGACAAUGUCAUCUGCUACUGUCCCAUGAAUCUGUCCAUCUCCUACCUCAACGUACUGCCCCCAGAUCACCCACACUUCAAGCUCUCCAUCCCGCAUUUCUAUGAUAGUCUGGCUGCCAAGCUCGUUGCCUCCACCCCUCUCCACGUCGUCUCCUGGUUCUUCUUGGCCGAGCAAUAUCUAAAAGGCAAGGACUCGCCCUGGUACUACUACAUCGCCGCUCUGCCUCCCAUCGGUGACAUUCCCUGGAUAGACGAGGAUUACGUCAAGCCCUGGCUGCGAGGCACAAACCUCUUCCAUGCCACCGACGCAAGAAACGUCCUAUGGAAUUCCUGGAUAGAAAAGGCCUUGCAAAUACUGCGCGACGCCGGCUUCCGUCACCUCGACAAGUACAACUGGGAUCUCAUGCACUGGGCUGCACAGCUCUACUCCUCCAGAGGCUUCACUUCCACACACAUCUUCCCAGACAUCACCCCUCCUCUCUCCAUCCUCUUUCCCGUCAUAGACUUUCUCAAUCACAGCAACGAUGCAAAAGUCACCUGGGCCUUCACUCCCCGCGCCAAUCCAGACGGCUUCUACCUCGAGACCAACCAGUCGCACAAACGGGGCGACCAAGUCUUUAACAACUACGGGCCAAAGUCUAAUGAAGAAUUGAUGCUGGGAUACGGUUUUUGUAUCAAGAACAAUCCAUUCGAUCAUGUCGUCAUGCGUCCCGUCCUCAGUCACCAGCUCGACCAACUGAGCCUCGCCUUCAGAGAAGAACUGGCUGCCUGCUCGGGCAGGAACGUGGUCGAACUGCAGGCCGGUGUCGACUUCUUCAUCCGCAGAGCUGACCACCCGGCUGGCGACUACCGCGCCGCCAACUAUCCCACCCUUCUCACCUUCUUUCACCCUCGUCUGGUGAGGAUGCUGAUCGGGCUCAGCUACGCCACCUCCCAUCGCGUUCGUCGCAACGGCCGGGCCCCCAUCGACUUGGGCAAGCCAGACCAGGGUCGUCUCAUCCUGCAGGCCUAUCGCAACAUUGUCAAGUCUCUCGAGGGCCGCGUCGCCGCUAUCCGCCAGAACCAGAGAGAGAAUGGCGUGCCAGAGAGCGCGCGCCAGAACUUUGCCGUCAUUUACCGCGACUCGCAGCUCGACAUUAUGCUCGACGUCAUCCAGCGCUACACCGAGACGGUCCAGUCCCUUCUCGCCGUCGGCCAACGCCCACUUCCAGACCUCAGCGGCAGCUGCGCCAUUGUCGACCUGACCAAUGUCAUGUACGCCCUGAGGGAGACUAUGCCCGACCACUACGAGGACUUUGUCGACGGCAUCUCGAAUGAGGUGCCCGACACGCGUGAUCCGGCCGAGAUUGUGAGCCACGAGAAUGCCGACACCGUCUUUGUCAUGCUGCUCGCCUUUAUCAGGACGAGCCGGGUCGUGCCCCUGCGGAACGGCCUCAUCCUGCUCCCACAAGCAUGGGUUUCGGACCUCAUGGCCUCCUACACCCGUCCCAUUGCCGAUGCCGUAGACACUGUCAGCAGACCCUUUUGCGAGUCGGUAAUCGAGCUCGCCCGGCAUGGCCGCAGCCCGUCCUCGGUCUGGCUGGAGAAUGAGCCCGAGAAUGACAUGGUCGAGAAUAUGGUGUGGGCCAUGUGGGUCUUUGGCCACGAGGCCUGGCACUGGGAGGGCAGGGACGUUAUUUAUGUCCGAGAUUUGGUUGGCACCGUACCCUUUCAUGGCUAUGCCAAGGAGGACUGGCUGUGGCCAGACUGUCCCGCUCCAGCCGAGGGCGGCGGCGGCGGCGGCGGCGGCAACGUUGACGGCGGCGACGACGACGGCGAUUCGGGGGUGACCAGAGACGACGGUGAUUCGGGGGCGACAGCAGCAGCAGCGGAGGACAAUUCGGAUCUUGGUUCUUCUGAGGCGGUCGGUGGUGGUGGUGCUGCUGCUGCUGCUCCUAGGCCCAUGAUUCGCGCAAGAGUCUCCUCCGGUCUGGCCCCAACAAUGCCGUCGAGAGUGACGGAGAGAAUGGCCGAGCAAGCGCCGUCGAGACAGCCGUCGACGGGGAACCUGUACACUGCCAGUAAUGGUGUCAACGGUCAUGCUGCCGACGGUCCUGCUGUCAACGGUCAUGCUGCCGACGGUCCUGCUGUCAACGGUCAUGCUGCCGAUGGUCCUGCUGUCAACGGUCAUGCUGCCGACGGUCCUGCUGUCAACGGUGAUGCUGUCAACGGUGAUGCUGUCAACGGCCGUGCUGCCGAUGGUCCUGCCGUCAACGGUGAUGCUGUCAACGGCCAUGCUGUCAAUGGAUCAUCAAGCGGAGCCAACUAGAAGAAAAAAAAAACCUUCGCAUCAUCAAGGCCAGGAGCUGCCGUGCUCAAAGUCGCCGCAAACUCCCUUUUAUACCAUUAGAGAAUUGACAAUCUAACACCACAACGCCCACUCCCAUGAUUUUCAUCUCCAAAAUCAGGCCCACGCACAUCGUCCACACAUGCUUCCAAGACAAGCCCCCUUCGUUUCCACUCCGUGCACGGAAUGGCCUAUCGAUCUUACCAUACUAUUCGUAAUCUUCUGUCUCGUCCGUCAGCAGACAGUUAUUGCUGGCAGUCACCUUGCAGUGUGCCACCCUUUGUACUAGCAGGAGUCAAGAGAGAUGAACGCCCAGCAGGUGUGUCACCGCUGAAAGUCAUGUAAUUGCACACGACUAUAAUGCGCAGAGACAUGUAUGAGCA